CUUCUCUUUUUACCAAUUUCUCCUUUCUUCACCGCUGCGUCUCCUCAACCGCGUCUGCUGCUCUGCUUCUUCUCCUGUAUUUCCUCUUUCAAUCCAUAUAUAAAUGAUUGGCUGAAAAGUGGAGAAUUAGGACACACUUUUUUUCUUAAAGAUGGCUUCCGUGGGCAUGGUGCCUACUUCUUCUGGUGUAAGAGAAUCUAAUGCUGCUGCUGCCGAAAAGUUACCCGAGGAGAUGAAUGACAUGAAAAUUAGAGAUGAAAAAGAAAUGGAAGCAACAGUUGUUGAUUGUAAUGGGACAGAGACAGGGCAUAUAAUUGUGACAACUAUUGGUGGUAAAAAUGGUCGGCCAAAACAGACGAUUAGUUACAUGGCUGAACAUGUGGUUGGACAUGGAUCCUUUGGAGUUGUUUUCCAGGCAAAGUGCUUGGAGACAGGUGAAACUGUUGCUAUAAAGAAGGUUCUUCAAGAUAAGAGGUAUAAGAACCGUGAGCUGCAAAUAAUGCGGCUUCUUGAUCACCCAAAUGUUGUGGCUUUGAAACAUUGCUUUUUUUCAACAACAAACAAGGAUGAACUUUAUCUUAAUUUGGUACUUGAGUAUGUACCUGAGACUAUUCAUCGUGUGAUCAAGCACUAUAACAAGUUGAACCAAAGGAUGCCAUUGAUAUAUGUGAAACUUUAUACAUACCAGAUAUUUAGGGCUUUGUCUUACAUCCAUUGCAGCAUUGGCGUGUGUCAUCGGGACAUCAAACCUCAAAACCUUUUGGUAAAUCCGCAUACUCAUCAACUUAAACUAUGUGAUUUUGGAAGUGCAAAAGUCUUGGUGAAAGGGGAACCAAACAUAUCAUAUAUCUGCUCAAGGUAUUAUAGAGCACCUGAGCUAAUAUUUGGAGCAACCGAGUACACUACAGCUAUAGACAUCUGGUCUGCUGGAUGUGUCCUUACUGAAAUGUUACUUGGACAGCCUUUAUUUCCUGGUGAGAGUGGAGUCGACCAACUUGUUGAGAUUAUUAAGGUCUUGGGCACUCCAACACGAGAGGAAAUUAAGUGCAUGAACCCUAAUUAUACAGAGUUCAAAUUCCCUCAGAUUAAGGCUCACCCAUGGCAUAAGAUAUUCCAUAAGCGCAUGCCUCCUGAAGCUGUUGAUUUGGUGUCAAGAUUACUCCAAUACUCUCCUAAUCUCCGGUGUUCUGCGCUUGAUGCCUUGAUCCAUCCUUUCUUUGACGAGUUGCGUGAUCCAAAUGCACGCUUACCAAAUGGCCGGUUCCUUCCGCCAUUGUUUAACUUCAAACCUCACGAACUGAAGGGUGUUCCGAUGGAGAUAUUGGUGAAAUUGGUUCCGGAGCAUGCAAGAAAGCAGUGUCAAUCACUUGGAUUGUGAUUUUGAUGCAGAAAUGUAACCCAACUAGCAAAAGCGUAUUACCUUUAUGUAAGCCAUCACGAUGUUUGUUUAUUUGUUGCUGCAUGCAUUUUAUGUUGUUGAGCUUACCACCUUUGUUUUAUGUAAAAGCAGCAGACAGAUUUAGACAUCAUCUUCCCACUUCUAUAUGUUUCUGCAGAUUGUAACAUCCAUGGUUGAUGGAGACCAAACUUAUGUCUACUCUCGUAUGUUUUCUUGUAUGUAAUUUGUCGACCUAGAGAAGGAAAGAUCAAUGUUUAUUUGCA